GCGGAGAGACGGUCGACCUGGACAUCAUGGAUCACCUGUUGAUGCUGCUGCUGCUGAUGUGGAGCUCAGAACUCCAGGCUGAAGGAAAUCACACAUCAACAGCUGUCAGGUUGGUGGGAGGAGACAGUCGCUGUGCAGGAACACUGGAGGUGAAACAUCAAGAAGACUGGAGACCAGUAAAUGUCUAUGACAGGACCCUAAAGACAGCAGCUGUUGCCUGUAGAGAGCUGGACUGUGGCUCUGCUGUUUCUAUCAGAGAGAGAGAAGAGUCCUCAGAGAUAUCUGUGUGGUGGAUCGUUUCUACAUGUGUUCAUUCAGGAUCUGCUCUGAGAGAGUGUGUAAUAUCACAUUCUUCCUCCAUCUUGGAUCUCAUCUGCUCAGACCUGCUGCUUCAGCCAAUCAUCACUGUGUCCUCCUCAAUGUACGGGGUCUCCGAGGCCCAGCAGCAGGGGGCUCCGAUGCUCCGGCGCUCCACCUUCACCAUCUGCUGCUCCAUCCAGCCACAGUACCUAGGAGGCUCCUUCCAGCUCACCUUCACUUCCUCCAACUCAGCACACAACUACACCCAGCCAGCUGUCAAUCACUCUGCCCACUUCCUGUUUCCUGCUGUAGAGCCCGCCCACCAAGGAAGCUACAGCUGUGUUUAUCACCUCUAUGUUUUUAAUCAUAACUUCUCCUCUGAGAGCCGUCUGCUCUCUAUCACUGUCUUAGGUAAGCUGACUGUUUACAUGCAGGUUUGAAGAUGAUUGGUCCAAACUGACUGAAGAUGAUCAGCUGACCACAGAGUCCAUGUUGUUGUUUCUAGAAUGACACUGUGACUCCUGUCAUUGUGUUACACAUGUCAUAUAGUAACCAAACCUCAACACAGUCUGUAACAAUCUACUGUAGGACAGAGCAGGUUUGGAUACCAGGAUAACUCUGGUUCUCUGAGAACUGAAGCAGCUUCUGAGGUGACCAAUCACAAAGCUCCACUGCCACCACAUC